AUGAUAAAGGAGGACUAUGAAUGUGCGCGACAAGAGGAGGAAGAACUAAGGACGGAUAUCCAGUACCUGCAGAGAGAGCUGCAAAAUGACUCUGUUUCUGAGCACAAGUGCACCUCACUGAGACGAGAGACAGAGGAAGUGAGGAAACGCAAUGGUGCUCUGAAAUAUGAAAAAGAGCAGCUAAUGGUAAGACAUCGGCAAUUGAUAGAUUCAGAGCUAUCCUACAAAGUUGCUAAAGCUGAGAAAGAGAAGAUUAGACGUGCAAAUGAUGCUUUGCAACUGGAAAAGGAGAAGCUCUACAAAGCGCUUGAGGCUGAAAGUGGCAUUUCUAAAAUUAAUCAUGAAAUGAAAGCGUUAAAAGAUGACAUGCAACGGCAAAAUGACACCCUGCGAAAAGAAGUCUUGCUGCUUAAGGAAAGAAAUCAGAGUUUCCAACCUCUGCAUGACUCUUAUAAUGUCGUAAAGGCUGAGAAAGAGCAGAUAAGCCAGCAAAAUGAGGCACUGCGACAGGAGAUUCAGAGGUUGAACACAGAGAUCCAGAAAAAAGAACCUUUGCAGGGAAAUAUUGAUGCAAUUAAGGCUUCAAUAGAAGAGAUAACCCACCAAAAUGAGACCCUGCAGCAAGAAAUUCAAGGUCUCAACAAAACAUACGAUGAUUUAAAGAUCUGGGACACUGUGCACAGUGAAACAUUGGUGCGCUUAGAUAAUUUAAAGACAACAAACAGCGAUCUGACACAGUCUAUAAACAUGGCCAACAACAAGCUGCAGGCCAAUAGACAGUUUAAGCAAGAUUAUGUUCAACUGGAGACUGCAGAGAAAGCCAUGCGAGCGCUUAACAGACGCUUGAGCAAAACCCAUUCUGAGGUGCACAGGAAGCUUCUACAUGAGGAAGACUGGAGGCAAAGGUGUCAUCUGCUGAUGCAACAGAUUGACGUCUUGAGGCUCCAGAACAACAGUGCAACCGAGGAAAUCCGGGUUUUAAAUGACAAUCUCAGGACUCUGGGUGAUCAAAAGGCAAUUUUUAAAUCCACGAUGACGGACAAAAAAGUUCUGACCAACCAGAACAAAGUUCUGCAAAGGCAACUCCAAGAGCUGGAACAAAAGCUUGUAAAAGAACAAGCUCUAAAGGUACAAAACAACCUGAUUACACAGGAGCUAGAAGCCUUAAACAAAGAUAUUGUCGCUCUUAAUCUCCAGACUGAGGGUCUCCGAAACAGCCUCCAAGGUGAAAGAGCUUUGGCUGACAGAUAUGACUCCCUGAAAAGGGAGAAAAAAACCAUGGCAAGGCAGACCGAUGCUCUUCAAAGAGAACUCAGGGAGCUUACUAAACAGACAGAAAGAGAAAAAGGUUUAGAGGACAAAUGUACCCAAAGAAGGGCCAAGAUUGAAGGCAUUAGACAACAACAGAAUGCAUUACAAGACCAAAUCACGUCCUUCAGAGUUUUGGAAAAUGAAGUGUGA